GAACGUUUAUAAAACGCGUUACCGGUCCCUUCCGGCCGAUCAGUAGCUCUCGGCUAACCACGUCGCACGUACGUAACUCGUCGCACGAUUGAAUUGAAGAAUUCGUUUGCCCACACGAGUCCUCAGACGACUCGAUUCGAUUAGUUUUUCGCAACCGACUGUCGCGUUACCUCUUACCUAUACAGUACCGUUUUACAGUGCGUAUUUAAUCGAUAGCUGCAGCAAAGUGCGAAACCACAUAUUGCAAAAAUAUUUUUGAAAAAUAAAAAUCGUUUUUUUUUUUUUUUGCGUAUUUUCGGAAAGAUAACGCUCACUAAUAUUGUAAUGGCGUCGGUAUUGAACAUGAACUACGGUGCGUACUUCGGCGGUGACCGGUACGACAUCGAGCAGUACGACUUGUCGGCCAGCGACACGCUUCGCGCCGUCUACGAAGCGGCUUUCUCUAACGGCGGCGUACCGUCUUCGUCGGCCGUCGUGGCGGUGGCCUCGGCGUCAUCGGCUCAGGGAGUCGGCGUCGGCAGUUCGGCGUCAAUGAUCGGCGGCGGCGGCGGCGGCGUCAUGAGAGGCGGCUCGCCGGCCGGUUCCGCGUGCACAGUGGUCACCACGUCCACGGCGACGGCCUCGUCGUCGUCCUGUGCCGGCGACGAUCCGAAAUCUCCGUACGGCGGCUGUGGCGUCGGCGAGACGGCCCUCGACUUUGGCGCUUACGACGACGGGAUGGGCGACGACCUCGCUGGCGCCGAGGGCGGGUUCGCGGACAAGGUGACGAAGAAACGCCGCUUGGCCGCCAACGCCCGGGAACGGAGGCGCAUGCAGAACUUGAACAAGGCGUUCGACCGACUCCGCACCGUUCUGCCUACGCUAGGCAACGACCGACAGCUGUCCAAGUACGAGACCCUGCAGAUGGCCCAGACCUACAUAACGGCCUUGUACGAUCUGCUCCAGUGAUCAUCAGUCCUCACGGGUCCUGCGAGUCCUUCGGGUCCUGCGGCGCCGACGAAUAUUUGCGGUAUACGUAGGUACCGUUGAUAAUAUGUAAGCAAGUGGCGAAUUUGUCGUAAAAAUAUUAUAUCGGACUUGACGUCAUAGUAAUAAGCUAUAGUAUGUUU